ACCUAAAGCGAGCCGCCCUGCAUGCUUGAAAAUGAAUAAAUGCCGAUAGCCAGUACACCAGUUCUGCCCACUCUCAUGGAAAAUCGCAUCGUCGUCUUCCUUCUAUUGCUCCCGUUAUGUUUCUGCCCAUCAUCUUCAGAUGCUGCGGAGAAGCAAAAGCAAUAUGUAUCAGCAGUUGGUGACCCUGGAAUGCGAAGAGAUGGACUCAGAGUUGCCUUCGAAGCCUGGAACUUCUGCAACGAGGUGGGGGAAGAGGCCCCAAAUAUGGGCAGUCCCAGAGCCGCUGAUUGCUUCGAUAUCACAAAACAGGGCAUUGUAGCUCAUAAAGUCACGGAAGAAGAGAACAGACUCGGGGUUGGGGCACCAUUUCCGGGGAUCAGUCCUGAAGCUCUUAAUGAUUCAGAUCUGUAUGCCGUCGAUAAAGAAUUGUUUCUGGGAUCAAAAUGCGAAGUUAAGGACUCCCCAAAACCAUGGCAGUUUUGGAUGGUGAUGCUCAAGAACGGCAACUUGGAUACCUCCGCCGGAUUGUGCCCUGAGAAUGGGAAACCGGUCGGCCCUUUCAAGCAGACUCCCAGGUUUCCUUGCUUCGGCAAAGGCUGCAUGAACCAGCCGACUUUCUAUCACGAGCAGACCCAAUUCGUUGAUGGCACGAUGAACUUGAGAGGGAGCUUCAAUGGCAGCUACGAUUUGGGCGCAGAUCUCGGGAAGGAUGGAGUUGGAGGCAGCUCUUUCUAUGAGGUGGUUUGGGAGAAGAAAGCGGGGGCCGGGAGUUGGGUCUUCAGCCACAGGUUGAAGACCUCCAAAAGGUAUCCAUGGCUGAUGUUGUAUCUCCGAGCUGAUGCCACCACAGGCUUUUCCGGCGGCUACCAUUAUGAGACCAGAGGCAUGUUAAAGACUCUUCCAGAAUCACCCAACUUCAAGGCUCGUCUCACACUUGACGUGAAAUCGGGAGGAGGACCCAAGAGCCAAUUUUACCUCAUGGACAUAGGGAGUUGCUGGAAGAACGAUGGCAGCCCAUGCGACGGAGAUGUCGUCACCGACGUAACCAGAUACAGUGAGAUGAUCAUCAACCCCCAAACACCAGCAUUCUGCCGCCCUUCAAAUCUGGCCGCCUGUCCGCCCUUCCACAUCACUCCAAACAACACCAAGAUUCACAGAAACAACACCAAGCAUUUCCCUUACUCUGCUUAUCACUAUUACUGUGGCCCUGGGAACGCCAAGUACAUGGAGAAGCCUUUCAGCACCUGUGAUCCUUACAGCAAUCCUCAAGCACAGGAACUGAUGCAGCUGCUGCCUCAUCCCGUGUGGGCUGAAUAUGGCUAUCCUUCAAAGCAAGGGGAAGGCUGGAUCGGGGACCCAAGGACAUGGGAGCUGGAUGUUGGUGGCCUCUCCAGCAGGCUCUACUUUUAUCAGGACCCCGGAACCCCGCCAGCCAGAAGAAUAUGGACAUCCCUGGACGUGGGAACCGAAAUAUUCAUCACUGACAAAGAGGAGACAGCAGAGUGGACUCUCAGUGAUUUUGAUGUUCUCAUACCUUCUUCACCUGCUGAUAAUGUAUACUAGCUCUUGCCAUUCCGAUGGGCAUUUGUGAGCAGGGGAAAUGGCUUCUUGUACCCAAUGAUCGACAGGAUUUGGAAGAAGUGCCCUGCUCUGGUGAAAAUUACAUGAAAGCGACACGCUUUCAUAUUUAUUGGUGUCAUUAUAAACUAUUUUAAUGCGUAUGGAAUUUUGAUUUUUUUCA